GUGACCUAACUCCCUCACCACGCACCUACUCUUCCUUUAUAUGACCCUCAAUUAGCAGCCACUCUCCUCACUAAAACUAUCUGUUUAAGCUUAUCCCUCAAAUCUCCCCUCUUAAUUCUAAAUCUCUCCUCUGUGUCCCGUUACUAUCAACAACAAUGGCAUGUGAUAAGAAGAUUAAGAUCGGUAUCAACGGAUUUGGAAGGAUCGGUCGUUUGGUUGCUAGAGUUGCUCUUCAAAGAGAUGACGUGGAACUUGUUGCUAUUAACGAUCCUUUUAUCACUACUGACUACAUGACAUAUAUGUUCAAAUAUGAUACAGUUCACGGUCGCUGGAAGCACAGUGAGCUCAAGGUUAAGGACGAGAAGACCCUUCUCUUUGGAGAGAAGGCUGUCGCUGUUUUUGGCAUCAGGAACCCAGAGGAGAUCCCAUGGGCUCAAGCCGGUGCUGAGUUUGUCGUUGAGUCCACUGGAGUUUUCACAGACAAGGAAAAGGCUGCUGCUCACUUGAAGGGUGGUGCCAAGAAGGUUGUUAUCUCCGCCCCAAGCAAAGAUGCACCUAUGUUUGUUGUGGGUGUAAAUGAGAAGCAAUACACUCCAGAUCUUGACAUUGUUUCCAAUGCUAGCUGCACUACAAACUGUCUUGCCCCCUUGGCCAAGGUUAUCCAUGACAGGUUUGGAAUUGUUGAGGGUCUUAUGACUACAGUUCACGCGAUUACUGCCACUCAGAAAACUGUUGAUGGUCCAUCAAUGAAGGACUGGAGAGGUGGAAGGGCUGCUUCCUUCAAUAUCAUUCCUAGCAGCACUGGGGCUGCCAAGGCUGUUGGAAAGGUUCUGCCGGCACUUAAUGGAAAAUUGACUGGAAUGUCCUUCCGUGUUCCUACUGUGGAUGUCUCUGUUGUUGACCUCACUGUCAGGCUUGAGAAGAAGGCAACAUACGAGGCUAUCAAAUCUGCUAUCAAGGAGGAGUCUGAGAAUAAACUCAAGGGUAUUCUGGGUUACGUUGAAGAGGAUGUGGUGUCUACUGACUUCAUUGGUGACAGCAGGUCAAGCAUAUUCGAUGCCAAGGCUGGAAUUGCUUUGAACGAUAACUUCGUCAAACUUGUCUCUUGGUAUGACAAUGAAUGGGGCUACAGUUCACGCGUGAUUGACUUGAUAGCUCACAUGGCCAAGACUCAAGCUUGAAGCUGAAGCAUGGAGAUGAUGAGUUGAGGCACUUUUCUUUCGAUUUUGUGGUUUAUGAGUACAAGGCCUUAGAUGAUGUGCGAAGUUUGGAAUUUAAAAUAAACAAUUGACUCUGAUUUUUGUUUUGGAUAUUAAGCUAGGGAUUUACCACAGUUUUAUCUGUUUAAAUACAAAAAAUCAGACGGUUUGUUUUCCUGUUUA